AUGCCAAUCAUGUCUUCAGUCAGGAAUGUUCCCUAUGGGGCUGAUGCACAUACUGAGACUAUUGUAAAAAUCAUUGGGAGCAAGUAUGUCCGGUGCACUGUGGAAAAACCAAAACUCAAGGCAAAGGAGGGCACGAAAGUGGAAACUCAGUCUGCACUCCGGAAAUUGCCCACUUGUAAUACAAGACAGACACAUGGAAAUCCUCUGGGUCUCAAUAACCCUCUUUGUCAACAAAUCAGUUAUGACCUAGAUUAUGAAAGACGGAGCAGAGACAAACAGGAAGAACACAAGUCUAAACAAGCACAAACAAGCAACAGCAGAUUUCUGGAUGGCAAAGUUUUAAAACCACCAAAUAUUCAUUGUGUGUCUGUCCCAUCGGGAGAUCAGUCUUUGUCCUACAUUCAUGCCCUCCAAAAGCCAUCCCUUAGAGCUCGGCCUUUAAGACAACAUGUAGGACAUCACCAGCAGAUCAUAUGCCGAGGGCCAUCAGAGUCACCUGAGGAAGAGGAUUCUCUCCUGGCUCUCGUCAGAAAUGAACUCAGGCUGGGUCCUCUUAGGUUAGCCGGGUUCGAAAAGCUGCAGAGAGAGCUUAAGACUCUGAAGCCCAUCUCUGGAUUUCUUCCUCAGUCCCAGCUGAGCUCCCUCCUUCUGAAGCAUGAAGUCCCUCUACAAUUACCAACUGUCAAGCGCCUCUUUGAGAGGUUUUCUGAGGCAAAUGACUCUGAAUUGGUAAAUUCUGAAAAGCUGAUUCAGUUUCUAAGACUAGCUGCAGCAGUUGAAAUGCAGAAUAUCAAGACAUGUGAUCUGGGUCUUCAAGCAAAGAGUGUCACUUUAAAGGAUCAAAGCAAAAGCUCUCUGGCUCCUGAAGACCCAUUACAGAUCUUGAAGCAAAUAUUGGAGGAAUAUAAGGGGGAACUAGACAUGGAGAAACUGAGCCUGAGUUUUCAAAAAGAAGAUAAGUCUUUCUCCGGCCUUCUCUCUCUCUAUGAGAUUGAGACUGUUUGCCAGAAGCAUAGACUAACUCUAACUCCUUUAUUGCUGGAAGCUUUGCUCAACAACCAUGAUUUGUGCAAACAAGGCAAAAUACAGUGGAAGAAGUUUGUGGAGUUGCUCAAGAAAGCUCAUUCUGAUGCGAUUCCUAAUUUGCCUGUUCCUGUGGGGGAAUUCAAAGAGGAAAUCGGCGAUGAUGUGGCUGCCCGUCUGGAAAACACCAAAGAGCAUGAAAUUCUUGCUUCCAAGACUUGGGCUCGAAACUAUCCCGCCACUGAAGGAAAAGAAAGACCAGCGAUCCAGUCUUUCUUCAGUCCGACUGACUCCAGUGACUCUGAAGAGCAGGAGGCCUGGAUAGACCGGUUCAGAAAACUAGAGAGAGCUCUUUAUUUGUGUGAUAUAAAAAACACAGGCAUGCUGGAAAAGGAAAAAGCAAAGCGUCUAAUCCACAACUACAACCUCAUCUAUGAUCUAUCCCUGAGUCCUCUGAAAAUUGAUCAAGCUUUCCGAAACUUCCGUUGUGGAGAAAACAUGCCAUUGCAGCCGGUGCUGCAGUAUUUAAAAGAGUUGUAA